GGCCUUGCGUUUCGUAAAGGAAAUAAUCAAUUAUAUAGCGCUUCCCAAGAUCGUACUGUUAAGGUGUGGAAUAUCGAUGAAUUAUGUUACGUAGAAACGCUAUUUGGACAUCAAGAUCAAAUAACGGCAAUUGAUACUCUCUCGCGUGAACGUUGUGUGACUGUUGGUUCUCGAGAUCGAACAUGUAGAUUAUGGAAAAUUGUCGAGGGGUCGCAAUUAGUAUUUCGUGGUAGCACAAAAUGCGCAACAGAAGAUGGUCAAACGUUCCAGGAAGGCAGCUUGGAUGUUGUUGCCAUGAUUGACGAAGAUAAUUUCCUUAGCGGUGGUGAUAGUGGUGCCAUUUCAUUAUGGAAUAUCAAUAAAAAAAAACCAGUUUUCGUACAAAAUCUUGCACAUGGAUUGCAAACAUACGACUCUGAAAGUGAAGGUGCCCUUAAAACUCCAUACUGGAUAACAACAUUAGCCACUGUGAGAUAUUCCGAUCUUUUCGCUUCUGGUUCAUGGGACGGGAAUAUUCGUCUUUGGAAAUUGAUUGAUAAUGUUCGUUCUUUCAUUCCGCUGACGGAAAUUCCUUUGAUCGGAUUUGUGAAUGAUUUACAAUUUACAACCAUAGAGGAUAAAACGUUUCUUAUAGCAGGUGUUGGUCAAGAACACAAACUUGGUAGAUGGAAAAGGAUUAAGAAUGCUAGGAAUGGGUGGAGAUUAAUGGAGUUAUCUCUUAAAUCUCAAAUACAAAAUAGUGGUAUGUAUUUUAUUUAUCUUCAUUAA